AUGACAGGUAGGUACGAGAAGAAGCAUCACCAGGAUGAUGGUGACCAUGCCGAACACCCCAAUGGAGAGAAAGGAGAAAAUGGACACAAAUACAGCGAGAAGGGUUCCUACAAGAAAGGCUAUAGCACCAAGAGAGGUCUUGGCGUGCACAAGAACGACCAGUACAAAAAGGAGAAGCACUUCUUGGACGAGUACCACGAUUUUGUUUCCAAUUUUCACAUUACCGGCAGUGGACAAACAUUUCACAACUAUAGAUUAGAGAUCCAUUUUAAAAUUUGUGAAACUGGACAUAUAUUAGAGAUAUUCACAAGCUUGUUACUGGAAGAAGAGAGACUGAACUUUGAAUGGCAAUCAUCACUACCUGAAGACACUAAUGGGCACUAUCACGAUGAGAAAAUAUUCCACAAGAAACACUUUGAGGAACAUGACAGGUACGAGGAUAAGCAUCACCAGGAUGAUGGUGACCAUGCCGAACACCCCAAUGGAGAGAAAGGAGAAAAUGGACACAAAUACAGCGAGAAGGUUUCCUACAAGAAAGGCUAUAGCACUAAGAGAGGUCUUGGCGUGCACAAGAACGACCAGUACAAAAAGGGGAAGCACUUCUUGGACGAGUACCACGAUUUUGGUAAGCACUAG